UGGAGAUAUUAACUUUUUUGUGGAAGCUGCUCUGGGAAGUGAGGAGGAGGAGGAGAAAAUUAACUUUGGUGCAGAAGAAGGACACUUUCUUGUUUCUCCGUUGUCCCAUCCGUUAAGCCAUCCCUCAUAGAAGAUUAAAGUUAUCGGACGUGGUGACAGCCGAGGGGAGCGCAGGAUUUCUUUCCGGGUGGACAACCUCCACCUUCUGCUGGCUCUACCCCUCCUGCGUGCAUGUGUGCGCAGGCGGCGCGCGGUGCGAGGUUCGCACGUGGAGUCGCAGCUGGGACCCGAGUGCAUGGCCCCCUGGGGCUGCGCGGGACCUCUGCCUGCGCCGUCCGUGCGGGCCUGGGUCUGGCCUGGAAAGAUGCUAGCUAUGGGAGCGCUGGCAGGCUUCUGGGUCCUCAGCCUCCUCACCUACGGUUACCUGUCCUGGGGCCAGAGCUUAGAGGAGGAGGAGGAAGGGACCUUUCGAGCUCAAACUGGAGAGAGACCCGAGCCCAGCACAACGGCCACCUCCCAGCCUCAUCUCAUUUUCAUCUUAGCAGAUGAUCAGGGAUUUAGAGAUGUGGGUUACCACGGAUCUGAGAUAAAGACGCCAACCCUUGAUAAACUCGCUGCCGAAGGAGUUAAACUGGAGAACUACUAUGUCCAGCCUAUUUGCACACCUUCCAGGAGUCAGUUUAUUACUGGCAAGUAUCAGAUACACACCGGACUUCAACAUUCUAUCAUAAGACCUACCCAACCCAACUGUUUACCUCUGGAUAAUGCAACCCUACCUCAGAAGCUGAAGGAGGUUGGAUAUUCAACACAUAUGGUUGGCAAAUGGCACUUGGGUUUUUACAGAAAAGAAUGCAUGCCCACCAAGAGAGGAUUUGAUACCUUUUUUGGUUCCCUUUUGGGAAGUGGUGAUUACUAUACACACUAUAAAUGUGACAGUCCUGGGAUGUGUGGGUAUGACUUGUAUGAAAAUGAUAAUGCUGCCUGGGACUACGACAAUGGCAUCUACUCUACACAGAUGUACACUCAGAGAGUGCAGCAAAUCUUAGCUUCCCAUAACCCCACAAAGCCUAUAUUUUUAUAUAUUGCGUACCAAGCUGUUCACUCACCAUUGCAAGCCCCUGGCAGGUAUUUUGAACACUACCGAUCCAUUGUCAACAUAAAUAGGCGGAGGUAUGCGGCCAUGCUUUCCUGCUUAGAUGAAGCAAUCAACAAUGUGACCCUGGCUUUAAAGACCUAUGGUUUCUAUAACAACAGCAUUAUCAUUUACUCUUCAGAUAAUGGCGGCCAGCCCACGGCAGGAGGAAGUAACUGGCCUCUCAGAGGUAGCAAAGGAACAUAUUGGGAAGGGGGUAUCCGGGCUGUUGGCUUUGUACAUAGCCCACUCCUGAAAAACAAGGGAACAGUGUGUAAGGAACUUGUGCACAUCACUGACUGGUACCCCACUCUGAUUUCACUGGCUGAAGGACAGAUUGAUGAGGACAUUCAACUGGAUGGCUAUGACAUCUGGGAGACCAUAAGUGAAGGCCUUCGUUCACCCCGAGUGGAUAUUUUGCACAACAUUGACCCCAUUUACAUCAAGGCAAAAAAUGGCUCCUGGGCGGCAGGCUAUGGGAUCUGGAACACUGCAAUCCAGUCAGCCAUCAGGGUGCGGCACUGGAAACUCCUCACAGGAAAUCCUGGCUACAGUGACUGGGUUCCCCCUCAGUCUUUCAGCAACCUGGGACCAAACCGGUGGCACAAUGAGCGGAUUACUUUGUCAACUGGCAAAAGUAUAUGGCUUUUCAAUAUCACAGCUGACCCAUAUGAGAGGGUGGAUCUUUCCAACAGGUAUCCUGGAAUUGUGAAGAAGCUCCUGCGGAGGCUCUCACAAUUCAACAAAACCGCAGUGCCUGUCAGGUACCCCCCCAAAGACCCCAGAAGUAACCCUCAGCUCAAUGGAGGAGUCUGGGGACCUUGGUAUAAAGAGGAAAACAAGAAAAAGAGGCCAAGCAAAAAUAAGGCUGAGAAAAAGCAAAAGAAAAUUAAGAUGAAGAAGAAACAGCACAGAACAGGUUCAUUUCCAAAUUGCCAUUCAGGUGUUACUCGUGGAUAAGUACUAAUGUUUCCUGUUUCGUUAAAAAUAAAUCAGUUUUUAUGUUUCACCUGUUUUGUAGGUACACCAGCAAAUUUGGAUCAAUAAUAUCACUGCCGUAAGCAUCAGGCUUGUUUUAUAUGUGGUGGCACUUCAGAGAUACCUGCCACCUGGCCACAACAUGGAAAACUCUUCCACUUGGUGCCCAAAGUGCUACUCUUGCAAGCCACACUUCGAGGAGAAUGGAGAUGUUUAUUUCUCUCGCUCCUUUAUAAAAGGUGGUCAGUCAUGAGUUCAACUGCUGUGCUUCAGUCAGUUGACCAAACCCUAUGCUUUAAACUACAGGAAGGGACUAUCACCUGCAAUAGAUGAGCAUGCGACUUGACGGAAGUUACAGGGUAGCACGGUUCAUGCUACUUUUGAUAAAAGAUAGUCAAAGGUUGUGUCACCUCAAAGGCCUUGAAAAAUAUAUUUUCUUAAUGGAUUUUUGUAUCUCCAUCAUAUGACACUUGGUUUUUUUAAUUAAUUCUAUUUUAUGUAUCAUUUUUUUCCUGUGAAAAUAAGCUGUUUUUCUCACAUGCGAACAGCUUGCACCUCACUUUAUCAUGCACGAGGGAAUGGCAAAUAAGAAUGUUCGAGCACACUGCCAAAAAUGAAUGUAACUAUUUUCUAAACACUUUAAUAGGGUAACAUUUCAGUGUAAAGUACAUAAUUUAUUUUUACAGAAAAAAUAUUAUUUUGUUUUCAUCAAAAGUUAUGCAAAUGACUUGAUUAUUUUAUUUUUAUUUUGUGCAUACCAUUAGAAGAAUUUUAUUUCAUUUCUUCAAGAUUACUAGGCACUGUAAUACUAUAAAUUACUGUAAUACUGUGUGAAUUCAUAGAAUAUAAAAAGAAAAUGACUCAGAAAAAAUUAUAAUCAUCAUUGUUUAAUCGUUAUUUUGAAUGUAAUAAGAUGAAUAUAUUCCUUACAAAUUACUUGGAAAUUCAGUGUUUGUGUAGAGUUGAGACAAUUUUUAUUAUUUCUAUCAUAAACUAUUUAUGUACCUUAAUUAUUAAAAUGAUUUAUUUUAUGGCAUUAGCAAAUUUGGUGUGGCUUUUCUGAUCUAACUUUUAGAUAAAAUUAUAUUAUUCAUGUUAAAAAACAAAAAUCUUUACAAAUGGGCAA